AUGGUGUUUGAUCCCUCCAAUGAAACUUCAAAAAGGUUUUCAGUUCCUAUCGUUCAGGAAUUAGCAUCUCAGAACCUUCAAAGCCUUCCUCAAAGAUAUAUCAGAUCAGAGAAAGAGCGACCAAUUACCUUUCCUUAUCCUCAUCCGGACAUCCCCAUAAUUGAUAUGGACAUGCUUUUGAGAGAUUCUGAUCUGUGCCGGCAAAAGAAAUUGGAAAAACUUGGUAUCACAUGCCAGCAAUGGGGAUUUUUUCAGGUUGAAAGAAUGAAGGCAAUUGUAAGGGAAUUCAUUGAGCUACCUCUGAAGGAAAAGCUCAAGUACGAAAUGCAAGAUAUUGAAGGCCAUGUGCAGUCCUUUAUAGCCUCAGAUGGCCAAAUACUGGACUGGGCAGAUAUUGUGUCCUUGACAACUCUACCUCUAGAAAAUAGAAAAAUGGAUUUUUGGCCAACAACGCCAUCGGAUUUAAGAUAUGUAAAACGAAUGAAUUACUAUCCACCCUGCCCAAGACCAGAUCUGGUUUUAGGCUUAAGCCCUCAUUCAGAUGGAAAUACUUUAACAGUAUUGUUGCAGGAUGAUGAAACAGUUGGGCUACAGAUCUGUAAGGAUGGUGAAUGGAUUCCUGUUAAUCCAAUCCCUGGUGCCCUGGUUAUCAAUAUUGGGGACAUGCUUGAGGGACUAAGCAAUGGACUAUAUAAGAGCAUUGAACAUAGAGCGGUCACAAACAUCGACAGAGAUCGAAUCUCCAUUGCCAUGUUUUACUGUCUAGACAAGGAAACAGAAGUGGGUCCUGUUCCUGAGCUCAUAGAUGAGUUGCAUCCCUGUCAAUACAACAGUUGUGCAACCAAAAUACCCUCUAGAAUCGUCAUUUCUCUGCAACCAAACCUCGAAAAUCGUGUCUUUAAAAAUCUGAAAAAAUUACAAACAAAAACUACCAUAUUAAUUCGGUCGCAUAAAGUUUCCCAAACAAUGCAAACACACGACAAUAGAUCAUCAACCCCUCCACCAUUGUCAGCUACUACUUCGUCCUUGGAAUCCCAUUCAUCAAACAAGGCCAUUACAGUCGUCUGCUUCUUCUAG